AUGAGGCUCUUGACACGCCUCGCCCUCGGCCUGCUCGGGCUCGCUGCAGCCGCCGUCGCCGAGGAUCCCUCGACAGAGUCCGCCAUCGAGCUACAGCCAACCAGCUUCCGGGCUUUCAUCAAAGAGAACGAUGUGGUCAUGGCGGAGUUCUAUGCGCCCUGGUGUCGGCACUGCCAGACUUUUGCUCCCAAGUACGAGGCUGCUGCCAAGACCUUGAGGGAACAGAACAUCGACGUCAAGCUCGCCAAGAUCGACUGCCAAAGGUUUUCCACCUUUUGCCAGGAUUACAUGAUCAGUGCUUUCCCUACCCUCAAGAUCUUCAAGGAGGGCCGUGAGCUGUAUCACGAAUAUGAUGGUCCAAGGAGGUCUUCUGCGAUCGUCGACUUUGUGAAGAAGCAAGUGCUCGCCACCGUCAACCCCCUUGCCACCAAGGCGCUCCAUGAUGCCUUCCUCGAGAAGGAGAAGGAGGAGAUCGUCUUGAUCGGCUACUUCGAUGCGGAGGACACGGUCGCCAAGGGCGCGCUCUGGGCUGCCGCCGAGAAGCUCCACGAGGACUUCCCCAUCGGCGUCACUUUCAACGCAGACGCCGCCGCCAAAGCAGGUGUCAGCUUCCCGUCUAUUGUCAUGUACGAGCCCAACGGCGAGGGCAAGGAAGUUUACAAGGGCGACAUUGAGGACAUCGAGGCCAUCAAGACCUUCGCCAAGACCACGUACACCCCUCUGAUCGGCGAACUCGGCUACAGCACCUGGCGCAACUACGUCUCGGGCAACAACGGCCCCACGGCCUUUAUCUUCUCGCGCACUGACGACGACCGGCGCGCCGUGGUCGACGAGCUGCGGCCCCUGGCCAAGAAGCUUAAGGGCAGACUGACGUUCGCGACGGCCGAGACUCCCGACUUUGCCGGGUUCGCGGGCUACCUCCACCUCGAGAACGGCGCCGAGAAGGACUUCCCCGCCUUAGCCAUCUACGACGGCGCCAAGCGCGGAAAGUACCCGUACACUACCCAGGGCAGCACCAAGGACCUCUCCGCCGGCAACAUCGGCCGCUUCGCCGACGACUUCCUGGCCGGCCGCCUCAACCCCGUCGUCAAGUCCGAGCCGAUCCCCGCAGUGCAGACCGGUCCCGUCACAACCGUCGUGGCCGACAGCUUUCAGAACGUGGUUCUCGAUGGCUCCAAGGAUGUCCUGCUUUACUACUUCCGCGAGGACUGUCCUUACUGCAAGGCCCUGGCGCCCGUCUACGACGCCCUCGCGACCACGUACGGCAGCGGCUCGUCCGGUUCCAACGUUGUCAUUGCCAAGAUGGACAUCAUGAAGAACGAUCUGCCCGAGGAUGUGCCGUACGUCCCGUGGGUGCGUCUCUACAGGGCUGACGACAAAUCGAACCCGAUCUCAUACGAGGGCCAGCGCACGCACAGCGACCUGGUCAAGUUCGUCAAGGAGCAUGCCCGUCAUGGUGCCGAGCCUAUUGGCCAGGACCAGCAGCAGGUGGUGGACGGUGGGGCGCAGCAGGUCCCCAUUGGGACCGCGGAUGACAUACACGAGAAGCCGUUGCAGGGUGUCACGCCCGUCAAACAUAUUCACGACGAGCUUUAA